UCUUUAACCAGAUUCAUCUCUUAGUCGAUGAACUUCGCAGCUUAAGCGCGAAACAAAAGAUGUUAUUUCAUUUUCCUUCGUUUGUUUUUUUCUGGGUAGGAACUUUCAGUGUCAGAUGGAGCCAGUUGAAAGCCCUAGACUUAUCCCAGUGCAAUGAUACUGAAGCCCUAGUGAAGCGUCUUAUGUUUGAAUUGUCGAGGACGAGAAGAGAAGCAUAUGAAGCAAAAGUUGAGCUUCAUCAGACAAAAGAAAUAUUGUACAAUAUCACAACGAAAAUGCACGCUCAGCAUCUCGGGGACACGUCUCAGAAGGGUGACGCAAGGAAAAAAUUUAAUGGACACAAGCUUGUUCAUCUGGAUCUUGGUGGUGCACCUCCAAAUAUGACCUACCUACUGCAGUUGCUACCACAUUUCGUUAAAUGGGGUGCCACAGGGCUCCUUAUCGAAUACUCUGAUACUUUCCCAUACAAUGGACAGCUCCAGGUGAUUCAAGGACCCAAUGCAUACAGCAAAGACGAUAUUACCAUACUGGUGAAAGAAGUAAUGCAACACAACCUUACAGUCAUACCGCUGGUGCAGACAUUCGGCCAUCUUGAGUUUGUUUUAAAGCAUGACGAAUUCAAACAUCUUCGCGAGACUGCGAAAUACACCAACUCAGUUUGCCCCAAAAAUCCAGAGUCUGCAGAUUUAGUCAGAGAAAUGAUAGACCAAGUGGCCGCACUACAUCCUGGAAUCAAGUGGUUUCAUGUUGGAGCUGAUGAAGUUUGGAAUUUGAAAACUUGUCGCACUUGUGCAGACGACCAAAGAAACAAGAGCAUGAUAUUCUUGGAGCACAUGAUACCUGUUCUUCAGCAUGUGCGGAGUAAGGGAAUUACUCCAAUAAUGUGGGAUGAUAUGAUGAGAGAGUGGAGCAUCGAAUUUCUCAAAGCCAUCGGAAAAUUGGCAGAGCCUAUGAUUUGGUAUUAUAGGACUGACCUAAGAAGACAUUUUGCGAAGGAGAUGUUUCAAAGGUACCUUGAAGCUUUCCCCAAGAUUUGGACUGCUAGUGCAUUUAAGGGUGCCACCGGACCGAAUUCUGACUUCGUGACCAUAUCUAAGCACGUUUCAAAUAAUCUCCAGUGGGUGGAGAUCAUGUCUAAGAUUUCCAAGAAAAGUGACGUGUUAGGUAUUGCGCUCACUGGCUGGAGUCGAUAUGACCACUACGGCACUUUGUGCGAGUUAUUACCAGCAGGGAUUCCGUCCCUCGCAUUAUGUUUGAAGGCCAUCGACGAAGGUCAAAUGAACGAGGCCCUGCGUAAAGCGUUAUCUCAGGAACUUGGUUUCAGUGGGAGAAUCGAUGUGGAAGGAACUGAAUACUUUGAUGAAACAGAAAGGUACGGAGACUUCCCAGGCCAUGAGAUCUACGAACUCAGCUGUAAACUGAAGGAUGCUAAUCAUGGACUGGCAUUAGUGCAUAGCACGGAAAAAGGUUGGAUGUUGGAAAGGCAACUUGAAGAAAAUUUUCUCAGUUAUUUCCGUUUGCAUUUUGCACGCUUAAAAAGCAUUCAGGCUGUGAACGCAUACCGUCAAUUGAGGGACGAAGCAUCCAAUCUAUUGUCACAAAUAUAUAGUAAUAACACAGUCAGUGAGUGGCUCAAAGACAAAAUAGACGAUAAAAUAAGGGACGCUGAACUACAAAAAUAUAAAAUAGACGAUGUUGAAAGGAGUUUUGACUGGAGAUAACACAGAUUGUUCUUA